AUGUCGAACAACCAGCGACCUGACAGACGUCCACGGACGGACCCGUUCCCACGAGUCGGAUCCGCUCGGAAACCAGACACCCCGUCGGGCCCGUCACCCCGCAAGACCACACUCCCUCCUGCGCACGAGGUGAAGGCGCUGCGACGCGAAGCGAAGCGACUGGACGAGCAGUUCACGGCGCUCUGUGCCAAGUGGAAAGCAGCGCUGCCGCAACAAGACGUGCUCCUCGCGGCUUGCACGGCCGCCAAGCAAAAGACCGUCACGGCGCACGUCGAGCAGCUCAAUGGCCAGCUCAAGGAAGAGCUGCUGCACCAGCAGCUCUACUUUUCGUCGCUGCAGCAGAAACUCACCGAGGCACCGCUGUGGUCGCGCUCGGUGUUUUGCCAAGAGCUCUUUGACCGCCUGCACGGGUACUUGCACCUUGAAGGAGUAGACCUCGAGGACCACAAGAAGACGCUGCACGCACGAUUUGAAGUCGCAGUGCGGCUUGCACCUGACCUCGUCGAGGCUUUAACCCGUGAGUUUGUGCCCUUGACGCUCUCGAAUCUGCCGUUCUCGCGGACAAGCACUGCCGCGACGACGCUGCCGGUACCAAAGACGGCCGGUGCGCGAAGCGACGAGGCCAGUGGAUGUGGCACGCUCGUCUCGAACGUCUUUGUGUGCAAGGCACCCGCGAGUGUCUGUAUCCCGCAGAUUUUUCACACGCUAGUGAACAAGCUCACGAAUACGUCAAUCGAGCUCGAGCAGCGCCUUGGCGUGCUGUUUGAAAUUCAGUCGGAAGUCCAGGUUGGACCCUCCACGUACUAUGCGCGCGUGGAGAGGAGAGAUGGCGACAUGCAUGGAGCCCGUGCGAACCAAGCGUGGACGAGCAAGCUCGUGAGUGACGACUUGGCGGUCAUUGUGACGGAUUUCGUGGACGAGGACGAUAAGGAAGCGGUGGACGCAGCGCAGCGAAAAGCUCGGGCAGGACCAGGAGACUGUCGCGAAGGUGUGGCCCCCUCGUCGAUGCCACCUGCUUUGCAGUUGGGUCUUCGCACUGAGACGUGCAUGAUGCUCACGAUCGCCCGCGUGACCGAUCCGGAGCACCAGGUGCCGAUUGUGCUCUUGCGCCGGCUGCGCGUGCAUCGGUACAAUUUGCCACCCGACUCACCCGUGAUCCGUCGCGAGUUGCACAAGCUCCUACCGUAUUUUAACGGCGACUUUCAUAUGACGAUGCUCAGUGACGCAUACAGAAACAGGAAGAACGAGGACCCAAUGGUUGUCCCGUGUCGACCACGUGAUCGAUUGAAGACGGAGGGCAUGAAAGUGCUGGAGCACGAUGACGAGUCGGACGACAGUGACGAUAGGUCAUCAAUUGACGCCCGAUGA